AUGAUGUCUAGCUUAUCAUAUACUCCUUUGAAAACUGGUCUUUGUUACGAUGUCAGAAUGAGAUACCAUGCAAAAAUAUAUACUUCAUAUUAUGAAUAUAUAGACCCGCAUCCUGAAGACCCUAGACGUAUUUACCGUAUCUACAAGAUUCUGGCUGAAAAUGGGCUGAUUAGAGAUCCUGCUCUUUCAGGUAUCGACGAUAUCGGCGAUUUAAUGUGCAAAAUUCCAGUAAGAGAAGCUACCUCUGAAGAAAUAUUAGAGGUCCAUCCAAAGGAGCAAUUAGAAUAUUUAGAGAAAACUCAAUACCUGAAUAGAGAUGAAUUGUUGAGUAAAACUGAACUAGGUGAUUCGGUAUAUUUCAAUAACGAUUCUUAUUUUAGUGCCAAAUUAUCUUGUGGUGGUGCGAUUGAAGCUUGUAAAGCUAUAGUUGAUGGGAAAGUAAAAAAUUCAUUAGCGAUUGUUAGACCACCAGGCCACCAUUCUGAACCUGAAGUUGCUGGUGGGUUUUGUUUGUUUAGUAACGUUGCAGUUGCCACCAAAAAUAUUUUAAAAAAUUAUCCUGACAAAGUUAAGAAAGUAAUGAUUGUAGAUUGGGAUAUUCACCAUGGUAAUGGUACUCAAAAGGCUUUUUACAAUGACGAUAGAGUUCUCUAUGUCUCAUUGCAUCGAUUUGAAUUGGGUAAGUAUUAUCCAGGUACCAUUCAUGGUCAAUAUGACCAAGUAGGCGAGGGCAAAGGUGAAGGUUUCAAUUGUAACAUACCUUGGUCAGUAGGUGGUAUCGGAGAUGCAGAAUAUAUUUGGGCUUUUGAACAAAUUGUAAUGCCCAUGGGUCGUGAAUUCAGACCUGACUUAGUGAUAGUAUCCUCUGGUUUCGAUGCUGCCGAUGGUGACACUAUCGGUAAAUGUCAUGUUACCCCAAGCUGUUAUGGCCAUAUGACACACAUGUUAAAAUCAUUAGCUAAUGGUAAGUUAUGUGUAGUUUUAGAAGGUGGUUAUAAUUUAGACGCAAUUGCGAGAAGUGCUCUUGCUGUAGCAAAAGUCCUGAUUGGAGAACCUCCUGAUGAGUUACCUGCGCCAGAUAAAGAUCCGAAGCCAGAAGCAAUAGAGAUGAUUGACAGAGUAAUAGAUUUAAAGUCUAAAUAUUGGAAAUGUUUUAAGAGACAAAUUACAAAUUCAAAUUGUGAAUAUAAGGGACCUAUAUCUGAAUCAUUUUUUGCCAAAAAAUUCCCAAUUCAGGAUGCAAUUCGAGCUCAGCAAAUACAAUACCUGACAAAUGAUUAUAAUAUGGUACCUUUACCUUUAAUGAAUUCAAAUUUACCUGAAGAUACUGUUAUGUGUAGUACGGAUAUUUUGCAAUCAAAUGUAGCUAUCAUUUAUGUCCAUGACACACCAGAGAUUUGGUCUAAAAGAGAUGCAAUAGCUGGUGUGAUUGAUUCCUCGGCAUCUCUAUAUAUGGAUGCGUCCUUGCAAUUUUAUGAUUGGGCAUUGGACAGAGGUUAUGGGAUAAUUGAUGUAAAUAUACCGCAAACACUUUAUGAACAAGAUAACUAUUCUGCAUCACUGACUGCUCAAGAGGUCCUAAUUAAGUUAUGGGAUAAUAAUUUGAAGUAUUUUCCAAAUGUUAAUAAAAUCGCAUAUAUAGGUGUUGGGGAAGCUUAUUCAGGGUUAGUCCACCUAUUAGGUCACAGAGACACAAGAUCAGUAGUCAAGUCAGUAAUUGGGUUUGUUGGUAAAAAGCCAUUGAAGGCUCUAGUUCCUCUUGUAGAAGAAUCGCUAGCAGAUUGGUACUUUAAAACUUCGCUUCUAUUUGCUGAUAAAAAUCACUCCUGUUGGGGGGAAAACGAUAGCAAAAAACCAAGGAAACGUUAUGGCCGGGUAUUAAGAUGUGAUAGUGACGGUAUUUUCAGUUUGAUAGAGGAACGGUUCGAAGAAGCAACAGAUUUUAUAAUUGAUUCCUUAGAUGAAUGGACUGAAGAGUAA